AGUCGUUUGUUGGGUUUUUACGUGAAGAAUGAAGGAACCGAAGCAGCUGUGAGUAUCUGACACUCUGACGCUGGAAUCAGAUGAACUCUUAACAAGCCUGAACAUGAACUGGAAGCUUCAACAACACACCAGAACACGCAGUCUGCCUUCAGCUUCCACAGCGUUUAGGCUUUGGUUUGUUGUUAUUGUUUGUCCGUGUGUUAUGAGGGGAACCAGCUAUUUAUACCUGGCGUACGACAUUGUGGGAAGGUGGGAUUUGUCUUUAUCUAUUCACAUUUAAUAGAAAUACUGAAAAUAGUCCUCAACAAAGCUUCUGUUUUUACCUUAUUAACAAACAGAACUACAUAUGUGUGAGGGGUUUUUGAAGACUUACACCUUCAGUAGGACUGAACUGGCUUGGUGCUGUAGUUGGAGUGACACACUGUGGGUUUGAGAUUUAAUUACUGUUUUUUACUAUAUGUUUAAAACAGACCACGUGGUGCAGAAAAAUGCUGUGAGUUUAGCUUAUUGAUCAAACUUCACACCACGUUCAGAGAAAACAGACCCUCUGAGCUCUUCUUCAUGUUUGGUAAUGAUUUAUACAAUCAUUACACAUCAGUGAUUUCCCUUAUGUGUGAUGUGCAGGUGCAGUCUUAACAUUAAUCCAAUAAAAACAGGUCAGAGAGAAAUCUCAGGGGUCACUGUGAUAAAACAACAAGACAUCACAACAACAAAACAGGUUCCUCACAUCAAAAUGAGUCUCAUUGACGAGCCUUCACAGGAAACUGAUCAGAAAGAUGCUGAAAUACAUUCAGACGCUCAACUAGAACCAGAGGAUGUUCAGGUGAAAGACUUUCUUCAGACCAGUGAGACAAACAGGAGGACGAUCAGCCCGCUGACUCUCAUCAAAGAGGAUCUCACCCAGUUUAAGGAGGAAGUGCUUAAAGUGUUCAAGGACAAAGAUGCAAAAACAACGAGCCAGUCAGCGGAGAAGAGCGUCAACACUCUGACUCUGCUCAGAGAGGACCUCCACCAACUUAAAGACGACCUCUCCAGCGUCUUCAGGAUGGGCCUUUCAAAGGAAAGAGACACUGCCAAAGAAGACUCCUUCACCAACUCCUUCAAGAUAAAAGCCCCUGACGAGCCCCUGAAGACUCUGCUCAGGAAAGACAGAAACCUUUUACAGACGCCUCAAAGAGCAGAGGAACCUAAAGAGACGCCUUCAGAAAACAGCGAAGAACAAACGGACGAUGCUUUUAGGGGAAAUUUCUCAGACGAGCCCGCUGAUGCUGAGAAAACGAACAUGAAAGACAACGUGAAUGAAUUGGAGGACGGAGAGCUGGAUGAAAAAGUUUCUGAGGAGAAAGCUGAGACGAUGGAGAGCGAGGAGAUGGCAUCAAAGACAGCCAGUUUGCCUGCAGCUGAUCAGAGGUGUGAGAGUGAAGAGUGGAGUGGAGACUCCUCUGAGGCAUCAGAAGACGAAGACGGACCUUCAGAAAGUCUUCCUUGGGAGCCUCUGUCCUCUGGGAUCGCUUUGUUUAGUCUGAGAGACGACCUGAGGGAUCAGCCAGAAGGAGAGUUGUGGUCACUGAAAAACUUUGCCUGCUACCUGACCCUUGACCCCAACACUGCCAACUCAGAGCUCCGUCUGACCGAAUGCAACAGGAGGGCGUCUCGUCUCUGGUUGGGCCAUCGAUCCUCGGACCACCCGGAGCGCUUCGAGAACUGCCCUCAGGUGCUGUGCAGGGAGGGUCUGCUGGACUCGGUGUACUGGGAGGUGGAGUGGAGCGGCGGCGCUGACGUUGGAGUCGCCUACAACAGCAUUUCCAGAGACGGAGAUGUGGCGAGCUGCUUGCUGGGACACAAUGAGCAGUCCUGGAGUCUGGAGUGCUCAGAGGGCAGCUACACGCCGUGUCACAACAGGAAGAGGUUCAAGUCCUCGUCACCUGAACCCUUCACCCGCAGAGUCGGGGUUUACCUCAACUGGUCAGCAGGAUCUCUGUCCUUCUACUGCGUCUCUCAGGACGCCAUGGUCCACCUCCACACCUUCACCUCCGCCUUCACAGAGCCUCUGUACCCGGCGUUCUGGGUGUGGGGAUACAACGGCUCUGUGUCGCUGUGUCAGGUGGAGUUAGGCUGGGAACGACUGCUGCAGUGAAACAGCAGGGGGGGCGGCCAGAACUGACCAAUCACAGCCCCUCUAGUCUCACCAUGACAACGCUGUAUCCAGGUCUCAGUGACCUCUACAGUCAUCUGCAUCAGUAACAACUGAGGAUCCUGGGGCUGGACCACACAGGUGGAAAACUAAUCGAGAUGAAAUGUUUCAUUUCAGUUGAUAUCAAUAAUAUUUAUAAUUUUUAAUGACCUAUUUCAAAUAAAGACAAGCAGAAAAAAA